AUGGACCAACUCAUCGAAUUACUUUCUAAUGGCGAAGAGGUCAUUGACGUGGAUGAGGAAUCAUUUCUCCUCUUUGCCCAGGACAUCACGAGCAACAACCUAGGAAUGCUCAGUCCCCGUGCACCAUCAGUAGAGAUUUCUAUUAAUGGCAAUGAAUACAUAAUCCAUCAAUCCCCAUCUUUACUCUCCUCCCAUCGAGCAGGAGGUACUACAGGUGCCGGUGAGUACAGAGUACACAUACUCAUGAGUUCGCAUGAUCUACACCAGUUCUUUUAUGAUUUGUCCCCCGGAAUCCCCCCAGAGACACGAAAACUCAAGCUCGGACACUACUCCGCGGGUCUUUUAGCCGAGUCCGAAAGUGCCCAGACCAGGCCCGAGGGUCACGGCGUCGAGUCGAAUCCGUUUGCCUUUCUUUGGAAAAUUACCCCUCUCUUCGCAGAAUGGGUAACCAACCCCUCAAAUCCGCUCUGGGCAAACGCCCUGCUCAGCCAGACCUCAACAGUAGUCGAACUCGGCACCGGCAUCUCAGCACUGGUCGCCCUCGUCCUGGCGCCCUCAGUGCACCACUAUAUCGCCACAGACCAGGAAUACGUGCGCAAGUUAUUCCGGACGAACCUUGAAGCCAAUGCGUCUGUGUCUGUCUCUUCUAGCAACAGCAAAGCAAAAGCCAAGAGCAAGGGAUCCAAAUCAUCCAAAUCAAAGCCAACAUCAUCCCCCGCCAAGCCUAUCGAUAAUAUCUCCUUCACAACCCUAGACUGGGAGACUGACCAGGCCGCCUCACUCAAGGAAUGUAUGGAACCCGGUGACGCUCAUGGUCAAGAUGGAGAGGAAGAAGACGAAGAUAAGGGCUUCGACCUCCUCAUUUCCUGCGACUGCAUUUACAAUGAAGCACUUGUAGCGCCAUUCGUGCGCACCUGCGCCGAGAUCUGUCGAUUGCGGCCGGCAUAUGUAGCUGGUUCGGAGGAACAGAUCUCGCACCGCAAGCCGACGGUUUGCAUUAUCGCGCAGCAGCAGAGGUCGCCGGAUGUGUUUGAGACUUGGCUCAGGGAGACAAUGCGGGAGUUCCGGGUUUGGAGGUUGAGUGAUGAUGUGCUUGGGGAGGGACUGAGGAGUGGAUCUGGAUAUUUGGUACAUCUGCUAUUGGCGAAGGAUAAAUAG